CUUAUGGGAAAUGCAUUUGAUUGCAUCGCUCCUACGAAUCAAAAGGAAACUUCAAGGUCCCGUGGCCGUCCCUCCCCCACCGCAACCCCCUUCAGUACACGUCCUUUCUUCAGCGGGCCGAGCUUGUUUUCUUCAUCUUCUUCAAGGAACAAAAAUACUAAGAAUAACAAGGGAUUAUCAUUGAGCUCCGACGGCGGCCAUGACUCAUCUUCUUCUAUUAUCCAAGAACAAGCUGUUGCGGCUGCUUUUCUGUUUCGACAUCAUCAGAGAAACGGUUCGCUUCCUAACUUCAUCCGAUCAACUUCCGCCGUUCAUCCAUCGCCGGGAAAUUCCAAGAAGCAAGGUUGUUUGCCCAAGAGUUUGAGCGCUAGGCGACGUUCAUUAUCCGAUCUUACGAUUACGCCUCAACUUGUUAACAGCCAUCAGGAACAGAAGAUUGGUAGUGUUGAAAGCAAGCAUUUUGUGCUUGUUCAUGGAGGUGGUUUUGGAGCAUGGUGUUGGUACAAAACAAUGACACUUUUGGAAGAAGCUGGAUUUAAAGUUGAUGUUGUCGAUUUGAUUGGCUCUGGGGUUAGUUCUUUCGAUACCAACAACAGUAUUACCUCCUUGGCUCACUAUGUUAAGCCACUCACUCACAUCUUUGAUAAGCUAGAAGAUGGGAACAAGGUCAUUUUGGUGGGACAUGAUUUUGGAGGUGCUUGUAUUUCCUUUGUGAUGGAGUUGUAUCCAUCUAAGAUUGCAAAAGCAGUGUUUAUUGCGGCAGCAAUGUUGACUAACGGCCAGAAUGCGCUGGAUAUAUUCUCCCAACAAAUGAAUUCAAAUGAUCUAAUGCGAGAGGCUCGUAUAUUUUUGUAUGGAAAUGGUAGAAAUAACCCCCCGACAGCUGUGGAUUUCGAUAAAACAUUGCUGAGAGACCUGUUAUUUAAUCAUAGUUCUGCUAAGGACGUUGCCUUGGCAUCGGUAUCAAUGAGACCGAUCCCAUUGGAGCCGGUUCUAGAGAAGCUUACUCUUUCCGACACGAACUACGGCUCGAUCCGACGAUUCUAUAUAAAAACUCAAGAAGACCGUGCCAUAUCCAUGUAUUUACAGAAAGCAAUGAUCGAAUCCGAUCCACCGGAACGUGUAUUCCGGCUUAAGGGAUCUGAUCAUGCCCCUUUUUUCUCAAGGCCUCAAGGGCUGCAUAAGAUACUUGUGGAAAUAGCUGAGGUUCCACCAAAGCAAACCUCUGGCAGUACAACAACUGAGCUGAGGCAUCUUUUGGAGAAUGAUACAUUGUGAACCUCAACA